AUGAUAAACACCAGCUACUGCGUUAGCCAUACUACAAAAAUAAAGUUCGCCACAACCAAGACCAGACUACACACCGACUCCGCCCUCUCCAAGGAGCUCGGCGCAGACGCCCUUGUUGGAGAUGGAAAAUCUCAGAAGACCGAAGUGAUUGGGACUGCAAUGGAUGUGUCGAUCGAGUGCUUCGCCAACAUGCCUGGCCCCGGAGACUAUGAGCUAGCUGCUGUUGUUCUCCCGCCAAAGUUUGCGUCGCCAUCGGGUCAUGUCGGCUCUGGUACGGGCUAUGUUUCUGGUUAUUAA